AUGUCGCUGCCACUGCUGCUGUCGCUGCCGCCAUCAUCGCCGCUGCUGCCGCCGCUGCUGCUCUCGCUGCCGCUUCCGCCGCUGCCGCCGCUGCUGCUGUCGCUGCCGCUGCCGCCGCUAUCGCUGCUGCGGUGGUCGUCCUCGCCGCCGCCCACAUCGGCCGUGCCGAUCGACGUGGUAGGUGGGGCGACGCUCGCGCCCUCCCUGCUAGAGGGGGCGCCAUCGCUAGCGUCGCCCGCGCCCGACUCCUGGGGCGCAGCCGGUGGCGCCGCCAGCGCUGCGCGCGCAGGCGGCCCCGCGGGCCCCGGGGCUGCCGUCGUGCCAAGGUUGAAACCUGGUCCUCCAUCCACAGGUUCUCUCUCCGCCCUCCCUCCACCUUGGUUCGACGCGCCCUCCCCAACCUCGUCCUCCUCAGUCGCGAAUUCCUCUUCCUCCUCUGCCAUGGGAGGCAGCGACUGGGGCAGGGCGGCGGGGGCGGCGGGUACGGAUUGCCAGGUGAAGGUGCGCGUGGUGAUCUCUUGGCGUUUUUCGUUCAAGAUGCGCACGCAAUCACGGUUGGUGUUGAUUCCCAGGCCGAGGUAAAAAAACUUUUGGGCUUUCGGCUCGGACUUGUGCGUGCCCUUGACCUUGAAUACGGCAGGUUUGAGGAACGGGUACUUCGCCCCCGGCGGGGGAGGGUGCCCGUGCCACGUCUCGUACGGCGAUUGCUUCUCUGGGUUGGAUGUGGUGGAGGGGCAGUUCAGGGCGGUGCAUGCCCAAGCUAUGGCCUCCGCCCAAAGGGAGAGGUAGUUCGGUGCUGCGGGGUAAAGAGUUGGCGCUUGGAUACGGGCGGCUAGUGCUGCAUCCUUGAUCAGACGCAGUGCUCUCUCAGCUACACCGUUGUAUUCUGGGCUGUGUACGGGGGUGAACUCCUGUUGGAUGCAGUACUUCCGGCACACCUUGCCGAACUCUCCUUAAAAAAACUCGCCCCCACUGUCGAAUCUCACGACCAUGACAGCGGACGGGGCACCGUCUGCCCGGCUUUCUGCAAGGAACCUCUCGAAUGCCUUAGCGGCGUCUGAUUUGUGCUUCAGCAAAUAGACACGGUUCCACCUUGUGUAAUCAUCCUUGACCAUGAGAGUGUNUGCACACCCCAGGCACUCCCGGAGCUCGCCCACCAGCNAAUCCACGAAAACUCGCUGCAGUUUUCAAUCUGCUCGGGUCGACGUCUUGUUGGG